AUGCUAGUGUUAAAUACUGUCUACUUUAAAGGCUUGUGGCUGAGCCAAUUUAAUCCAAUUCUGACUAGCACUGGAAAUUUUUUUGUUUCUAAGCGCGAAACAAAGCAGAUUCCAUUAAUGUCUACAGACGGUGAAUUUGCUUACUAUCAAAACAGCCAGUUGUCUCUUAUAAAGCUGCCUUACAUUGGCAAUGAUGUAGAAAUGGUAAUUCUAUUGCCAAGAGCACGUUUUGGCUUAAGCAACAUUUUGAAUCGUCUAACUGGCAUGAAUUUACUGGAUUACAUUCAUAAGGCCAGAAAAACGAGUGUAGAGGUGAAUAUUCGUAAUUGGAAAACUUGA